GAUAUUGUUACUCUGUCCCCUGUUUUGCUACAGUGCUGUCAGAAGAGAAGCUUAAUAACUCUUUAAGGGGGGUUGGGGAACCCAGUGAGAAAGGUAAUAAGGCAAAUAGCUAAUUUUUUUUUUGGUUGCAGGAUACUGUGACUUCAGUGGAAGUGUACAGCCUAAGGGAAUAAGUAGGACACUACCAUAAUCAUGACAGAAGAUGCACCAAUUGCAUCCAGCAUACCUGAGUAUAAUGGGAAUGUACCUCCUGAAAAAACUCGGUUCCACGUCAUUGAUAUUAUUGAUGAAAUAGCAAAAUCUGUUGGGUCAGUUCCAUGUGAAAAUGCAGAAACCAGUUCUGAAGCUCCACUUAUAAAAGAAAAUCCAGAGGACAGCACAACGUGUGAAGCUCCUGAAGGGAAGCAGCAAUGUGAAGAAAAACAAGAUGAAAACAAUACAACUCUAAAGAAGAGAUCAGCUGACAUCCCUUCCCAGGAAGCACGAGCUGAGCAAAAGAAAUCAGAGGAAGGGCAAUAUGAGGAGAUAAUUUCUGUAAGCACCAAGGAAUGUGAAGUAAAUAGGCAAGAAGAAAGGAAUGCAAAGCAACCUCACGGAAGAAAGGUUGAACAUGCUAACAAGGCUGAGAAGUUUCUACCCGCAGGAGCGCAAGAAAUGGUGCAGAUCCUUGAACGCAAAGUACAAAUUAAAGAUGAGAUGCAAUUAAAAGCAAGAGAGAAGGCAGCAGGGAAAGAGGACGAGGAUGCUCAAGAGGAAGAACAAGUGCAGUUGACAGAAAAUAAGAAAGAAAACAGUGAGGAGUCUUAUUUAAAGAAACAAGAAAAUGGGAGGGAGGAAUCCCCUCCUAACAGUCCCAGUUUUAACUCCCAGGCUGAGAAACCAGGGGAGCAGCUAGAAAUUGGGGGAAAAAAUGAUGUCUCCAAACAUAGUUAUUCUAAAUACAAUACAAUCUCCUAUCGGAAGAUUAGAAAAGGAAACACAAAACAAAGAAUUGAUGAAUUUGAAUCCAUGAUGCAUUUAUAAACUGAAGGGGGAGAAUUUGCUUCAUAAGCUGAGAGUUCAUUUUAUUUUUCCAAGAUGCAUCUCUUCAUGCAAUAUCAGGCCAUUAUUAUAUCCUUUUUGUGUGUAAUUUCAUAAUAUACUGUGAAGAUUUAAUUUCUGUAUUUCAUUUUGAAAUCAUAUGGAAAAAUUGGAAAAAGGAUGGAAAAAAUCAUCAGUUUGUUAAACUUAGUACAACUUGUUUCAAAGCUUAUUCUUUUUCUUUUCUAUACCAUUUUUGUAACAGGUUUUAAGCAGUAAAAUUUUUUAGAUUAAUUGGUAAUGCUAUAGGCUCAUGCACAAAUGUUUCAGUGCUAUUGGUCUUGCUGGCAAUUAGUAGGCAGCAUAAUAGUUGCAGUAGAACUAGAGUGCGGUAACAAUAAUAGAGACAACUGUUUACAAUUGCAAUGCUCUCUGUUUUGAAAUCUGCCUAUUUUGGUGGAUACAAACAAAAAAUGGCUUUUAGUGUGUAUAAACAAAUCAUUCCAUUUUGUACCGGUGGGAUGGACUAAUUGAAUAAACUUAUAAAUAUAGAAUUGUAGAAAUUUAGUACAUAAGUUUCAUAUGAUGAGGUAAUAAACGCAUUAAAGUCCUUGUCCUUUUUAACUUUCUGUACCACUCAUAAAUAUAUUUUCAUCU